AUGAGGGGGGAUGUUGAGAAGAAGAAGAACAAGAAAAAGAAUGAGAAACGCAAUGUAGGAGAAAGAGGGUAUGUUGAGGAGAAGAAGGAAAAGAAGAAAAAGAAGCACAGGCACAAUGAAGGUGAAGAUAAUGGUGAUGGUUACAAGGGGGUGGAGAAAGGAAAUGAUUAUGGGAAACAGUUUGAGAUUGAUAAGGGAAGGAAGCAUGAUGGGAAUGUUGUGGAAUUGGUUGAAAAGAAGAAGAGAAAGAGAAAGAAGGAUAAGAGUGAUGAAAAUGGGAAGGGCGCAGAAGCAUUAGUGCAGGUUCCGAAUGGGGAUGUUGCUGAAAUGGUUGAUAAAAAGAAGAAGAAAAAGAAGCAAAAACUCGAGGUGGAUGCAAGUGCUUCACAACAAGAUGAAACUUAUUUGGCAGAAAAUGAAAUGCAGGAGAACAAGAAUCAAAGUGGAGAAAGGGUUAAACUUGAAGCAUUUGCCAAAGACUCUGAAUUGGACAGUGGUUGUCUGGCAGAAGUGCAACCAGAAGGGUAUGCUAAUGCAACUGGGAAGGAGGAAGUGGUUGCAGAUUUGAAAAACUGGAUGAGGGUCAAAGGGUUUUCAAAAGUAGAAGAUGAGGUUGUGAAAGAAGCUGUCCUUGGAUACAUAGAGGCACAUUGCUUAGGUGAAGAAGGUUUGAAAAUGGUCUUGAACUGCAUAUUGUACCCUGAAGUCUGGAAUUGCUGGAAGAAAAUAGGAACUUGCUUAGCAGUCGGCCUCAGAGUGCCAUCUAACAUCAUGCUCAAGUUUUGUUUUGAAGGGAUGGAAAAACGUAAAUGGACUGAAGAAGAGAUCAAACCAGUCCAUGAGUUCCAGGAGAAACAUGGGAACCAAUGGAAGCUUUUGGCUGAUGAACUUGGCAAACAUAGGAUUCACGUGAAGGAUUUGGAUGCGAGCUGCACUGAAGAUGUGGAUUGGGCCAAUCUUCUUCAUCACAGAUCUGGAGAUGUAUGUCGGAAUUACUGGAAUCAAAUGGUUCUUCAUAUAGGUGAUCGUGGGAACAGGUCAUUUGCUGAUCAAGUUGAAGUUUUAGCAAAGUGA